CAUUCCUUUGCUUCACUCUGAAAAAGUCCGAGAGAGAGAAACUGUGUUUUGUGUGUGUGUGUGUGUGUGAGAGAGAGAGAGAGAGAGAGCGCUCGGGUAGGAGGAAUAGCUUUGGGAGGUGGUCUUCAUUUCGGUUACUGCAGCAUCGGGGCAAGGCAAGUGGGGUGUGCAUAUCUUCUCAAACUCAAGUUUGCUGAUCAACUGAAGAAUGGAGGUACUUGGAAAAUCUAUGGUAGCAGUGCCUACAAAUGUUAUAUAUCUGUCGACUAUUCUUGGCCAAGAUGGCCCAAACCCUGUUCACAAAUGCGAUUGGAAAUGUGCAAAUGAACAUGUUUGUGGGAACAUGUACCGCUGCCGUCUAACUGGGCUGACACACAUUUGUGACAAAAACUGUAACCAGCGAAUAGUGUAUGAUAAUCAUAACUCUCUUUGCAGAGUUAGCAAGCAGAUUUUCCCUUUAACAUCAGCUGAAGUGCAGGCUGUGAAAGGUGUACGGAGGAAGUUUGAUGCUGAAAGUUCCCCUUCUGAUAGCUGUGCCUUUAAGCGCAGAAGGGAUGCACAUUUCCAUCCAUCACCAUUUGAGAGAUCUUUCACUGCUGUCAGUCCCAUUUGCAGUCAAGUUGGAGAUGGAAUGGACAUGAGCUAGAUAUAAUAAAUUUCCUUCCUUUCGUCUGUUUUAAAAUUUCCUGUCUUUCGGGACAGGAAUAAGAACAAUUUUAUAAUUUACAUGGCAGACCUGGUUGUCUUGCCAUUUGUAGGUGGCACUUAUAUUGGACAAUCCUAUGGACUGUAGCUCUAUGGUAACUAUUUAGGAGUAACAAUAUUAUGUCUACAAAUGUUGAUGUGCGCUCAAGUUGAUGCCACAUGAGGCUUUAACUAUAUGCAGUGCAGCUAUUUGUAUAACCUUAACUAUAUAUGGUUUUACUGUCUAGUCACUUUUAAGUAUUAUUCUUUUUCGGGUUGUCAAAUGCCUGUAUUGGCUUGCUGGACUUCUUUAGUCGCCUACUAAUUACUGUGAUUAACUUUGGGAGGUUUAUUGGAAUCCAGUCAGUGGAAAUAUAGUACUUUGUUUGCUUUCCUACAGGAACUUGCCCCAUCAGAUGAAGAACACUCUUUUCAGUGAGCUCAUUAAAGCUCACCUACUUUUAUAGCUUUAACUUCCUACUUGUUUGGCAGGUUUUGGAGGAGAGCUCUAUUUUCUUUCAUACCUGUUGCAUUAGUCUCUUCUUAAUUCACUUUUUAAAUUUGUUCAUACAUGGCAUCCUAAAAAUGGUUUUACUUUUGCAGGAACUCAAGCAUUUACUGUGAGUCGAGAUAUAGCUUGUUAUAUUGUUGAGUUAUUAUUUGUCUGAAUUCAUUAGCAGAAUCAUGAGUUUCUUACUGAGUUUGUUCUUUUCUUAUUCAGCAGAUCUGUGCUCUUCCACGAGGUCUGAAGUCUGAACAAAUAGAACCAGUUACAAACCUUGAACUCUUGAACAUGUGGAUGAUCUAACAAAAUCAAUUGGUUUUUGCUAACCACGUUAAAGUGUAACUCUAUCCUGCUUAGCAUUGUCAGUAAUAUCAUGUCUGAUAUUGGUAAAGCAAGGUCCUAUUUGGUUGAAAGGGCUUGGAGUCAGAAGUCUGGUGUUUACUCCUGCCUAUCUGUAUCUGCUUUUUCUGAUGGUGUUACCUGAAGAAGAAUCUUUAGCCAGCCAAAUCAAGGGGUGUCUGCUAAUCACAAUAAAAUGACUACCCUGCGGUUCAAUUUGCUCCUCUAUUAUUGCGAAAGAACGAUCCUAUUUGGUUGAAAGGGCUUGGAGUCAGAAGUCUGGUGUUUACUCCUGCCUAUCUGUAUCUGCUUUUUCUGAUGGUGUUACCUGAAGAAGAAUCUUUAGCCAGCCAAUUCAAGGGGUGUCUGCUAAUCACAAUAAAAUGACUACCCUGCUGUUCAAUUUGCUCCUCUAUUAUUGCGAAAGAACGAUCAUGUUUCAGGUCAUUCAGAAAGGCUACACUUGCUGAAAUCUACAAGGUGAAUGGCAGUGACCAGAAAAAGUCGGGUCUCUAGCUGCAGCGUAGCCCUAUUUCGUUUUAAGCAAUGUCAGUGGGAUUGGCUGUGGUGAAUUUUAGGAGUCAUCAUACGAGUCAAAUAUGAUUUCCACUAAAAUGUCUUCUAGGAAAAACUCGGGGAAUGCAUCUUCGUCAAUUGUGUAUGGCCAUGAAGAUCUGUUGCAACAAAGCUCCAUUGAGAGCUUCCUCUUCCACUUGGUCAGCGGCUAAGGAGGCAUGCCUCACCACCAUCUGGUGGAGUGUAUGUAUUGAAAGAAACAACAGAAUUUCUUAAGGCAAAAAUAGGAACAUACUUGGCCUUAAAAAACAUAGAUGCAUUUCUUUGUUAGUUUUUUGGUGCGAACUCAGCAUUGUACAUGAUGCAGAUGCAAUGAUUGAGAUCCGAUAGGGUGUUUGCAGUCUCUGUAAUUUCCUAUAUAGCACUGGAGUGUGAGUUUACCAUUUAUAAAACAUUUGUCAUUACUUAUAAAAAAAAUGCUUCUUUGUCAAUAUCACAGUACGUUGCUCCUUG